UGCCUGUCUGCGCUGCCAUCAUUCAAUGAGCGAUCGAAGUGAAAGCAGUCGGAUAUCAACAAACCUGGAGAACUAGAUACGUUUGACCAGAGGCAUCUUAGCAAUUUGUCACAGCGGAUUCUCAGCAUAUUUACAAAAUGAAAGCGAUCAGUCCGGUUCGGUCUGUCAGAAGCUGUUACGAAGCAGUCUGCUGUAUCUCGGAGCAGAGCAUCUCCAUCACGCGCUGCAAGAGUCCAACGGAGGAGCUGUCCGACAUGAAUGACUGCUACUCAAAACUCAAAGAGCUCGUGCCUAGCAUCCCUCAAAACAAGUCAGUGAGCCAAAUGGAGAUUCUUCAACACGUUAUUGAUUACAUCUUCGACUUACAGAUUGCGUUGGAAAAGGAGACGGACACCAAAAACACGCCCGACAUGUUUAUGUCAAUAAAGAACUCAGAGAUGACGCGUAAUUUCUCCAACGAGGAUGGAGCUCUGUGCCAUUAGGACCGAUGAAUGUUCAAAGGUGCGGGAUAGAAACUUUUCUCCUCUACUUAUGGAAGAAAAGAGAGUGACGGGGUGAGCCGGGUGAAGGAGUGAGGCUCUAUUCAGAGUGUGGGAAAGCAAUCUGCGCCCCUCUCGAGCAGUCUAUUCUUUGGUCACUGGACACUUGAACAAACCAAAGCCGAGGAGUUUUUAAGAUCACGAAAAGAAAGAAAGCCCUCAGAUUUUUUCUUAAUCAUUCCUAUUUUUUGUGUGGCAACAAUCAAGCAUUGUAUAUUUUGUACUGGCUACAUUCCUGACUAUUUGGACUAACUAAUAUCUCUUCACACACCCUUCCUUCCCCGCCAUGCUUGGAGAAUACCCCCUCCUCCUUUAUUCCACCCCUUAAAACAUUUACACAUUUCAGCAUGGCUGCAGUUUUCUCAGUGAUUUUUUACAUCAUUGGGAUGAUGUACAUAUUUUGCUUGGGGGUAGGGUGGGAAGGGCUUUGGACAGUGGGAAUACAGACGUGGAUUAGAAUUUGAACUCUAUAAUAUAGAGUGGAUUGUAUAUGUUUGUGGGGAUUGUCUAUUUCUACAGACUGUCGGAUCAACGAGUUUCAUAAACUCCUUUUAAGAGUUUUUUUUUUUCUUUGUACACUCAUUCUUUUUACACAAGAAAAUAAAUA